GCGCCUCCCCGCACGAUGCCCCGCGCCCCGGCCGCCGCCGCCCCGCCGCUGCUGCUGCUGCUGGCGCUGCUGCUGGCGGCGGCCCCGCCGCACGGCGGCUCCGAGAGCCCCAAGGGGAAGCAGAAAGCGCUCCGCCAGCGGGAGGUGGUGGACGUGUAUAAUGGCAUGUGCUUACAAGGCCCCAGUGGCGUUCCUGGACGGGAUGGAAACCCAGGAGCCAAUGGGAUCCCUGGGACACCUGGGAUCCCAGGACGGGAUGGGCUGAAAGGGGAGAAGGGUGAGUGCAUGCGGGAGAGCAUCGAGGAGUCCUGGACACCCAACUUCAAGCAGUGUUCGUGGAGUGCGUUAAAUUACGGCAUCGACCUUGGGAAGAUCGCGGAAUGUACCUUUACCAAGAUGCGGUCGAACAGCGCUCUGCGCGUGCUCUUCAGCGGGUCACUGCGGCUCAAGUGCAGGAACGCCUGCUGCCAGCGCUGGUACUUCACUUUCAAUGGGGCAGAGUGUGCUGGGCCACUUCCUAUUGAAGCCAUCAUAUACCUAGACCAAGGAAGCCCGGAGCUGAAUUCUACUAUUAACAUACACCGAACUUCUUCAGUGGAAGGUCUGUGCGAAGGGAUCAAUGCUGGCUUGGUGGAUAUUGCCAUCUGGGUUGGGACUUGCUCAGAUUAUCCACGGGGAGAUGCUUCUACUGGAUGGAAUUCAGUCUCCCGAAUCAUCAUUGAAGAACUGCCAAAAUAACUUCCCUCCCUUUUUAUAAUACCUUUUUUUUUUUUUUUAAAUUGUACUAUUUUCUUCAGAAUUUAUUUCAAUAGAGUUGGAUGCAAGUACUGGACUGAAAGGCACCAAAGCCUUGCAUCUGUAGCCUUUGUCUUGUUUUGCACAUGGCAGAGGCUUUUUAUAAUAACCAUUUUAGAAUACAAAUAUCAAAACCAAGUUCAUUAACUUUUAAAAUUUCUUUUUUGAUGUAAUACACCACUGAUUUUAGAAUUAACCAUAACUUUUUGUAUCAAAUAAAUGAGACCUUUUACAAAAAAAAAAAAA